AUGACUUACGGUGCUAGAGAUCAACAAUUCAACAGAGACAACUACGGAUCUCGCGGUGGCGAUUUCCGUGGUGGCAGAUCAUCUGACAGAAACUCUUAUAACAGAGAAGGUGGUUAUUCCAACGGUGGCGGCCGUGGUGGUUACUCUCGUGGCUACACCGAACCCCAAGAGCUUGUUGCUCCUAACUGGGACGAGGAGCUUCCAAACUUGCCAAAGUUCGAGAAGAACUUCUACGUGGAACACGAAACGGUUCGUGAUCGCUCUGACGCAGAAAUAGCUGCUUUCAGAAAGGAGAACGAGAUGACUAUUUACGGUAAGGAUAUUCCCAAGCCCAUCACCUCUUUCGAUGAGGCUAGCUUCCCAGAUUACGUUUUAACUGAGGUUAAGGCUGAAGGCUUCGAGAAGCCCACUGGUAUCCAGUGUCAAGGGUGGCCCAUGGCUCUAUCGGGUAGAGAUAUGGUUGGUGUUGCUGCUACUGGUUCUGGUAAGACUUUGUCUUACUGUUUGCCAGGUAUCGUGCACAUUAACGCUCAACCACUACUAUCUCCAGGUGACGGUCCAAUUGUGCUUGUACUGUCCCCAACCAGAGAGUUGGCCGUGCAAAUUCAAAAGGAGUGUUCUAAGUUUGGCAAGUCCUCGAGAAUUAGAAACACCUGCGUUUACGGUGGUGUUCCAAAGGGCCAGCAAAUCAGAGACCUCACGAGAGGUGCUGAGAUCGUCAUUGCAACCCCGGGCAGACUGAUCGAUAUGUUGGAAAUUGGCAAGACCAAUUUGAAGAGAGUAACUUACUUGGUUCUCGACGAAGCCGACAGAAUGUUGGAUAUGGGUUUCGAACCUCAGAUCAGAAAAAUUGUGGACCAAAUCAGACCUGACAGACAAACUUUGAUGUGGUCUGCUACUUGGCCCAAGGAAGUUCAACAAUUGGCUCGCGACUAUUUGAACGACCCAAUUCAGGUCAACGUUGGUUCUUUGGAAUUGGCUGCUUCUCACAACAUCAAACAAAUUGUGGAAGUCGUGUCCGAAAUGGAGAAGAGAGACCGUUUGAUGAAGUACUUGGAGAUAGCCUCUGAAGAUAAGGACUCUAAGAUUCUAAUUUUUGCUUCAACCAAGAGAACUUGUGAUGAAAUUACUAGGUACUUGAGAGAAGACGGAUGGCCAGCUCUAGCUAUCCACGGUGACAAAGCUCAGAAUGAACGUGACUGGGUUCUACAAGAGUUCAGAACCGGGAGAUCGCCAAUCAUGGUGGCGACAGAUGUUGCGGCGAGAGGUAUUGAUGUUAAGGGUAUCAACCAUGUUAUCAACUACGAUAUGCCAGGUAACAUCGAGGACUAUGUGCACAGAAUUGGUAGAACGGGUAGAGCUGGUGCCAGUGGUACUGCGAUUUCGUUCUUUACCGACGCUAACAAAGGUAUGGGUGCUCAAUUGAUCAGUAUUAUGAGAGAAGCCAAGCAAGAAAUAUCUCCUGAAUUGAGUAGAUUUGACAGAAAACAAUACGGUGGCCACCCUAGGUACGGACGCGGUGGAUUUGGUGGACGUGGCCGUGGUCGUGGUGGCUUUGGUGGACGUGGCGGCUACGGCGGUCGUGGUGGUGGUGGUUUCAAGCCAAGAGACUCUGGAUGGGGCUCAAGAGGCGGCAACAGAAACAUCAAUUAUUAG